AUGUUAGCAAGUGUCGUUUUCGUCGUUUUUUCAUUACCAUUUUUCGUCUUGGGAUGUGGCAUUACAACACAUAUCGAAGUAUCACAUCGUGCACAAGAUCUUUGGUUACAUCAACCUAUCUAUAGAAAUUAUGUUCUUCAACAUCAAGAUGCAUUACAAGGUGGAUCUCCAUAUCCUGAUGUAAUGUAUGACGGUGUAUGUUAUCGUGGUAGUUUACAUCAAGUUGCUGAAGAUACUCACUGGUAUCCAUUUAUGAAGAUUGCUAUUGAAUAUAUGCGUGAUCGAUAUCCACCACCAUUACAGGCAGAUAAUAUUCAAGGACAAAAAUUUCUUGCAUUUCUACUUGGUGUAGCAUCUCAUCAAAUUGCGGAUGCCGUAUGGCAUGGCAGUUUAACAGGUUGUCCCAAUGGUUUUAUAGAUGCAACUGCUUGGGAAAGUUUUGAUAGUGACGAAGAAAAAGCACAUUCAAGUGUUGAUCCUGGUGGUGAUAGUGUUAUUGAUUAUGAAUUACCUAUUGCUUAUAUCGGUUUAACUAACAAAUGGUAUGUGCCUGCACUUGAAUUGCAAGAAAUUUACAAAAGAUACGCCGUGGAAUAUGAUUCGCCAUUAGAAGUCAAUGCAACAGCUGAACGCGUUCAAGUAUGUUCUGAUUUAAUGUUUAUAGGACGCUUUGGUGAUGCUUUAUUUCUUGGCGUCGAAUAUCCAAAAUAUUCUCAUAAUAAUACAUUUUUACUUGAUAAUCUUUAUGAAUAUUACCAUGGAGGUUUACUGAAUAUGGCUCAUAAAACGGUCCGAUAUUGGGAUCAAAUUAUAGCUAUGUAUGAAAGCGGCACUGAUAUAUGUCAAAUGCCAUCUAAUAAUCCAUAUUAUUUAAAUUGUUCAAUUCCUCCUUUACAAAAUCUAGAAGAAAAACAACAGUCAACAACAUAUAUUCGUUCGAAAUCAUCGAAUUAUCUUCCAUUUUCCAGUCAAUCUUCUCUAUCAUUAUCAACAUUACAAUAUAAUGAAAUACCUAUGGGUCUUAUAUCAAAUCAAAGUUAUGCAUCAUUCGGUCGUACAACACUCUUUGCUGAUUUUAAUAAUGAUGGAUUCAUUGAUUUUGCUGUAUCGGCACCUGAUUAUUAUAAUUUUGGUUGUUCUCAAGGUGGCCGUGUUUUUAUUAUUUAUGGAAAAAAAGAUCAGCCACCUGUUCCAGAACGUGAUAUUAGUAUUAUUGAACAAAUAGCUGAUCAAACAUUAAUAUCCCCCAUUUGUGAUGGUGAUCGAUUUGGUACAGGAUUAGCUUUUCUUGACUGGAAUAAUGAUACUUUUAAUGAUCUUGUUGUUAGUAGUCCAUCACAUGGUUAUGGUUUUCGUGGUGCUGUAUUUGUUUAUGCUGGUAGUAAAGAUGGCCUUCAAACGAAGCCAUUUAUCUAUAUCGAUGGUGUUGAUGAACAUGAUGCUAUUGGAUUUGAAUUACAUACAGCACAUCUUGAUAAUGAUACGUUAUUAGAUUUAAUUAUUACAAGCCCUUAUGCACAACCACAUGGUUAUGAUCAACCACAACAAGGAGCUGUUUGGGUUUUUCUUAGUUCAGAUUUCAUGAAUAAACAGCAAAUAUCUGAUCGUCAAAUAACCAUCAACAAUGCAUCGUUCACAUUAUUUGGUGAAAGUGCUAAAUCAAAAUUCGGUUAUUCGCUUCAAAUAAUUCCUCCAUCAUGCAUUAGUCAUAUAACUUCAUCCCCGGUUCUUUUAAUUGGUGCACCGGCAAAUCAAGGAAAACUGUAUCUCUAUGCGGUUGAGUCUCAACCUCGUCUUAUAAUGACAUUACAAGGUGUACAAAAUAAUGACCAUUUUGGACAAAGUUUUUCUAUUCAACCAGAUAAAUGUUGGUUAGCAGUUGGUUCACCAACGCAAUCGAUAGAUUGGUAUGGUGCUGUAGAUAUUAUUCCAUUAAGCAAUCUGUUCAAUAAAAAUAAACUUCAUCUUGAUCGUAGUGAUAGUUCUAUCCUUAUUUCUAUUCAUGGUGAUCGAAUAUUUGAACGUCUUGGUAAUAGUGUUCAGUGGACACCACAAGGUGAUUUAGUUAUAUCAGCUCCAUUGGGGAAAGGAAAAUUAUUACCAUUACAAUUGGAAAAAUCUGAAGGUUACGUCUAUAUUGUACCUGCAAAUCGAAUUCCAAGUCGACCCGAUCCAAAAAUUCACUAUAUUAGUACGAUGAGUUCGAUUAUAUAUGUUGCACACAAUCGUCUUAAUCGAUUUGGUUCUCGAAUGAAUGUUCUUUCGUCAACGUCUGUUUCUUAUCUUGUUAUUUCAUCACCGUUCACGGAUAUGUACGACGAUGUUCGUCUACCUGGAAUGUUAUAUGUUCAACAAUUAAAAUAA